AUGACGAGAAAGAAAGUGAAGCUUGCCUAUAUUACCAAUGACUCGGCAAGGAAAGCCACCUUCAAGAAAAGAAAGAAGGGUUUAAUGAAAAAAGUGAGUGAACUUAGUACCCUUUGUGGUAUCGAUGCUUGUGCUAUUAUGUACAGUCCAUAUGAGUCCCAACCGGAGGUUUGGCCAUCGGCUAUGGGAGUCCAACGAGUGCUGUCCAAGUUCAAGAAGGUACCCGAGAUGGAACAAAGCAAAAAGAUGGUGAACCAAGAGAGUUUCCUAGCCCAGAGGAUCGCCAAAGCCAAUGAGCAGCUCAAGAAGCAGUGCAAGGAUAACCGAGAAAAGGAGAUGACCCAUGUCAUGUUCCAGAACCUUAAUGGCAAAGCCGGUAUCCUUGGAUUAAACGUGGUGGACUUGAAUGAUCUCGCUUGGUUGAUCGAUCAAAACUUGAAGGAGAUCGACAAGAGGGUCGAUGCACUUGCUAAAACAUCUCUUAAUCCCCAAGGCCAAGGGGGUUCAUCGUCGUCCGUGACUGUGCCGCCUAUGGUAACGCCCGAAGUGGCUAGUACGGGGGACAUGGUGCAAGGGGAGGUGAACAACAUGGAUUGGAUGCAGAGGCAACAAUGGAUCAUGGAGCUGAUGAAUACUAAUAAUAAUCCACAAACACAAACUCAUGUGGGAUUUAGUGGCGAAGAGACGGUAUUCCCAUUUGGGGAUAAGAUUCAUAACGUCAACAAUGGCCUUUGGUCCAAUGCUUUUUUCCCUUGGGAAAAAUAG